AGGAGCUUGAAGCAGAGGCCUUGCGGCUGCAGAUCCAAAUGCGUGACCGUGUGAUUGAGGAGCAGGAUCAGCUGCUUCAGGCUGAGGGAAAGGCACAGCUUGCAAAGCCUGAUGGUUGGAUAAACGUCCCAGCCAAGCUGACCCGUCGAGCGCCAAGUACUGUGAGAUGGUUUGAGGAGGACGAUCUCGGCUUGGCCGAAGAACGUGACUCACCUCUCGCAAGGCGGAGACACGGAAGUGGUCGUGGAUAUGGUGCUCUUGGCUUCGGCAACGACCCGCCCAACAGAGAACUUCCGUCUGUUGGCAUUGGUGGCCGACUGCGCUCUGCGUCUGAGGGUCCACCCUUGCCUGAGCCACCCUCAGCCCGCGAACGGGUGCCAGACAGAGGACGGAACAAGUCAGGGGGCACACCACCUGCGUCCAACAGCAUGUCAAGUGCCGAGUUUGUCGAGGCUCGACCACUUGAUGUGGCUGGCAGGGGUUUGGGCCCUCCCAGGCCUGCUGCCAAUGUGGAAGAGAAAGAGGUUCUUCCCUCACGCGCAGUGGACGCUGAAGGUGACUAUUUGGACGCACGCCUACCUGUAGUGGAGGGUCAAAACCUUAUGGGUGCACUGAAUGGCUGGGACCCGGUUCCCACGCGCAGUCCUGGACGGACUUGCCAGGUCUUGGAAAAGACAUUGCUCCUGAUGUCACCAGAAGGCCUGCGCGGGGGCGCACUGGUCGAAAGCGGCAACCCAAAGCUGAUCGAGACAUGGAACGGCCUUUGCAGCUACAGGUGGAGGCCUCGGGUCUACGGAAAGAACCAGGACCAGAGGACAGCCAAGGCUCCGGUUCAGAACGUGAACAUGCAAGCUCUGCAUCGCCACAUCCAGUUGUCAAGGAUGUUGCAGCUGAGCGGCGAGGCCUGCUUUCAAAGCUCAACAAGCGGAUGAAAUCAGGGGAGAAUGCCAGGCACAUGUACUGAAAGCAUCUGAAAGCAUCUGAAAGCCGUCACCGUCAAUGCAGGGAGCAUCCACGUUCUGUGGAAGCUCCACUCCGCAGAUGGACUUGCUCUGUGACUCUGUGACUGUGG